AUGAUUGGUUUCCUGGACAAGUUCACCAAGUUGCCGCAAGAGUUCGCGGCCGAUAUUAAAGAGCUCAAGGUGGGGGUUUUCUUUGACAUUUUUAAAAUUUUAUAUUUUAGGCUAUCUUUUACAGACUCGUUUUAGAAAACAGCAAAAAAUGGCUUUUGUAUUGGUUUUAAAGGUCAUUUUUACAUUAAAAUUAAACCAAUUCCUGUCUAUAACUAGACUUGAAUAGGGCCAAGUCAGCACAUGUAGAGCUGAAGGCCGGGGCCCAAACCUAGCCCCAAAGGCCCAGCUUAGGUCCCGCAACGAAAGAUUUGGCUUGCAAAAAGCUCUUUUAGCCGAAUUAAAAGAUCUAGUCCGGCCUCUUUACACGAGUAGAUAUUACAAAACUUUUGUAAAACCCAAGCUUUUCAGACUCGACGUGAGAACAUGUCGGAAAUGGUCAAGCAAAUGAAACAAAUGGUGAUUCGAGCCAACCCACCCAAAAGCCACCUUUCCACGAAUAUUUUAAAGAAGAAACCUGAUCAGUAUCAAUCCCUCAUGACUACUUGUGAAAAUGUAAGUUACUUAAGCCAUUUUAUCCAUUUUCAAAAUCUACUAUAAUGUCAAAGAAAGUACUGUCGUCAAUUUACGUUGAUAUUCAAGUUCAAAAACGACAAAACUUUUAAUUUAUGAUUUUGGCAAAGAUAUACCACCUGAGACUACACCUAUAUCAGCGUUAUAAUCACCGAGUCGUAUUCCUAUAGCAAUAUUUUAUAAACUAAAGCUAUACCUAUAUCAAUCCCCAACUUUCAGCACAAAGCCUUCUACCCAGAACAAGGCUAUUUCUUUGUUUUGGUGAAGAUCGAACAGGUUUGUCAUUGGCUGAGUGAGAAUCAACAGAAAAAGGUCCAACUACAACAUGAUCAAUCCUAUCAGCCGGUUCAUUUGUGGGUCGAUGAGGAGUUUCCGCACCUGGUCAAACAAAUGCGACGUCUUCAGAAGGCGAGCAAAGCCGUGGAGAGUGCGACUUCGGCCGCAGCCAAGAACCCAUCACCAGAAAAGGCAAUGAAGAGGGAUCAGACCGUGGAGGCCAGAGCGUUGCAGUGGAAGAUUUGCGAGGCGUUGAUGAAACAAAACAAAGCUUCGCCCUCGCAUCAUACUCAGUGCUUCAAGGCUUUUGUUCAGCAUGAGGUAGGGGUGGAUUUUUGCGAGAUUUUAGAGGGGGUUUUUGUCAGUUUUUAAAGGUUUUUUGUCGCAGAAUUACAAUAAGCCAUACUGUCCGUAUUUUACAACGCUCAAUACUGUAACCUACAAAGCUACCCCUAAUAAGCCAGUAUAAAUAAACCUUUUGCCAUUUCCAGUACACCUUUGCCAAGAACGCGGUAGUCCAACUGACCAACGCUCAAGCCGCCAUGAAGAUCCUGUGUACCAAGAUCGAGGAGGAACGCAAAGACAUGGUCGAGGAGAUGAACAAGAAAAUAGAAAAGGAAAAAGAAGAAAAUAAGGACAAAGAGAAUACGAACACACCCACGGACAAGGAUUCACGAUCGCCCGCUAAAUCACCUGCUCCGUCUCCUGGCAACUAG